UAAAAAUUUCGAACUCAGCUCCCCAAUAUCCUUUGUGAAGAGUCAUAUUUAGUCAUUUUACUCUGCCCUUAAGCUCUUCACAGACGCGCCUCCAUCUCUACAAUCAAUCUGCUUCGACACUCCGCAGGACGCAGCCUCCGCUAUCGCCUCAGGCUUAGGCGACACCGUGAAAAGUAAAAGAAUGGGUAAUCAAAAGAAGAAUUUCAUAAAGCUUGUUUCUGCUGCUGGGACUGGAUUCUUCUAUGUGAAGAGGAAGAAUCCGGCUAGGAUCCCGACAAAGCUUGAGUUCCGGAAAUAUGAUCCUCGGGUGAAUCGCCACGUUCUGUUUACUGAGGCAAAGAUGAAGUGAGUAGGAAGGCUUCUGUAAUGGUAGAUCAUUGCCCUUGUCUACUGUUAUUGUUCACUCUUUUGGAAUUUUGAUCAAUAUGGUAUUUCUAUUUCCUCUAGACUAGUUUUGGCUAGUUGAUGUAGAACUUGGAUGCUGUUUGUUUUUAGUGUUAUGAUUAUAACCUUUUUGAUGUAAGUGCCAAUCUUCAUCUCUUGACAGUCUUGUUACCCUUUUGCAUAAUGUUUCCUAAGACAUGGUUCACAUGUUGAAA